UUUAUAUAAAUUCACACUUUCUUUUCCCAACACUACUUUCUUCUUCUUCUUCUUCUUCUUCUUCUUCACCUUUCCUCUCUACCCCAUAACAUGAAUGGCCACAGAUCAGAAGACAACUCCUUCUGCCAUUUCCAUCCCAAACAAGUGGUUAUUGGGGUCUGCCCCUUGUGCCUGAACGAGAGGCUCUUAAUCUUAGCCUCACACCAUGACCACUUUUCCUCCUCUAGAAGCAGCGCUCGUAGAGGCCAGACCUCCAAGCACAAAAAGCUACCCAUCACUCUUCCAAAGAUCUUUGCUCUCGGAGGCUCUUUGCUCAGUCGUCUCGAGUUCCGGCAUUGGAAAUAUCCGGGCUACUCAGAUCAUGAUAUUGCCUCCACCAGUCCAGAAGGAGCCUUUGAAGAAUCAUUUAUAUCAAUCAAAUUUGGAGACAACGGCGUAGCUUCUUGGGAGAAGAACACAGUGUCCAAGGUAUCCCUAGAGAACUGCAACAUGUCCUGGAAUAACAGCUUGACCCAAGAAUUGACUAAAGAAGCCAAGGAGACAAAGGAGAACAAGACUGUAAUAGAGCAUGGGAAACUGCGUGCAUCGCUUAGGUGGCGGAAGCGGAUUGGGCACCUGUUCCAGGUCAUGAGAUGGAAGAGGUCCAACAAGGGUAAUGUGAGCCAUGUGAGCAGCAAGGUUGAGGGAGUCAAGGUGAGGAAAGGUUGGAUAAGGACUCUGACAAAGAGAAAGACCACAAUGGAAUAAUUUAAAGUUGGAUACAAAAGUGAUGACACAAGUCCAUAAAUCUUUUCACUCUUCCAUAUAUACCAAUUUAAUGGGGUUGGGGCUCAACAGUGUGACUGUAAAGUAUAUAUUAUAGAGAUGGUAAAGUCAAAUAUAGCUUUAUCACUCUCAAAAAUGUGCUUUAUUUGCUUUGAAAUCUUUGGGUUCUUGUACUUUCCCACUUUCUCUUUUUCCAAAUUUUUUAUGCAUAUAUACAUGCAGUCUGUAAUGGAAAUGUUGCUAGCUGAAAUGUGCUUUGGUUUCAAAA